CCCGCUCCCGCCACCCGCCCGGCCCGGCACAGCCCAGCCCAGCUGCAGGAUGCCGAACUGGGGAGGAGGAAAGAAGUGUGGUGUGUGCCAGAAGGCCGUGUACUUCGCAGAGGAGGUGCAAUGUGAAGGAAGCAGCUUCCACAAGUCCUGCUUCUUGUGCAUGGUCUGUAAGAAGAACUUGGACAGCACCACUGUUGCUGUGCACGGAGAGGAGAUCUACUGCAAGUCCUGCUACGGCAAGAAGUACGGCCCCAAGGGCUAUGGAUACGGGCAGGGAGCAGGGACCCUGAGCACUGACAAGGGCGAGUCUCUGGGAAUCAAAUAUGAAGAGGGCCAGCCCCACCGACCCACCAACCCUAAUGCAUCCAGAAUGGCCCAGAAAGUUGGAGGUGCUGAUGGGUGCCCUCGCUGUGGUCAAGCGGUGUAUGCAGCUGAGAAGGUGAUUGGAGCUGGAAAGUCCUGGCACAAGUCCUGCUUCCGCUGUGCCAAGUGCGGCAAAAGCCUGGAGUCCACCACCCUGGCAGACAAAGACGGGGAGAUCUACUGCAAAGGUUGCUACGCCAAGAACUUCGGUCCCAAGGGCUUUGGCUUUGGACAAGGCGCCGGGGCGCUCGUCCACUCGCAGUGAGGCACCAGGAGCUGGGCUCUCCGCACGCUCAGGGCUUGUCCAGACCAGCCUGUGCUGCCCGACCCUUCCCGCACCCGUAGUGAGCAUCCUCACCAUCAUCAAUAACCACCUGCUGCUUCACAGCACGAGCCCCUUCCUCCCCGCCAUGGUCCAGUGCUCCCCAAAGCUGUGGGAGUCCCAGCAUCGUCCCCAGCGGGUCCUGCUGGUGCGGGUGCUGGCGGGGAGACAGCUCGCACCCACCCGCAGUGAGGUCCAUGUGCCCAAAACAUUCUGCUCCACGUUGCCCAUCCCACCGGGAUGCAAGCUCAGCCGUGCCAUGCCUUGCCGAGCAAGCAAUAAACAUCAAAGCUGA